ACUCACCCACAGUCAGACAAGACAAACAGACAUAGGUAUCUGUUCAAAGCCAGCAAAAGGCGUUCGUUUCGUUGCUUCGAUUCAUCAUAUCCUCCAUAUCCUCUGCAGAUAUCCUGAGCGAACCAGACAACUCGUCACACCACCAUCAGACUCUGUUGUUGCUGGUAACACGCGCCCGUCCCAGGCAUAAACUCUACCUACAUACCCAGUACCUAAUUAAUCACAUCCUUUUCCACGCACCCCGGGCCAAACGCCCAAAUUGCGCCUCUGCGGCCCUUACCUAAACCAUAAUUUCUACCCGCUGCCUCUUAACUGGCCACACCGCCAACCUUGAACCCCCUUCUCUGCUCCUCGCUCACAUUCAUCGCCAACGUUGCCUCUUCAGCCUCGAACCCGACUACGUCUAUCACAUCUGUUACACCUCCCAGUUUGGUGCAGAGCCUGGCCACAGCACUCUCGCCGCGUUACAAAUCCCGUCACUCGUUCCCUCCCCCCUAAUAAAUAAUCAACCUACUUCAAUAUGAAGGCCCUCAUCCUCGUUGGUGGCUUCGGCACUCGCCUUCGCCCUCUGACUCUCACAAUGCCUAAGCCUCUCGUUGAAUUUGCCAACAAGCCCAUGAUUCUUCACCAGAUUGAGGCACUAGCUGCCGUUGGCGUUACUGACGUCGUUCUCGCCGUCAACUACCGCCCUGAAAUCAUGGAACGUGUUCUAAAAGAGUACGAGGAUCAACUCGGCCUCAAGAUCCAUUUCUCCCUCGAGCCCGAACCCCUUGGCACUGCUGGGCCCUUGAAGCUUGCAGAAGAAAUUCUGGCCAAGGACAAUUCCCCGUUCUUUGUUCUAAACUCCGAUGUCACCUGCGAAUUUCCCUUUAAGCAGCUAGUCGACUUUCACAAGGCUCACGGAGACGAAGGUACCAUUGUUGUGACCAAGGUCGAGGAGCCCUCAAAGUAUGGUGUGGUGGUUCACAAGCCAAACCACCCUUCACGUAUUGAUCGUUUCGUCGAGAAGCCCGUCGAAUUCGUCGGAAACCGUAUCAACGCUGGCCUGUACAUCCUUAAUCCCUCUGUUCUCAGCCGUAUUGAGAAGAAUCGCCCCACAUCUAUCGAGCAAGAGACCUUCCCCGCCGUUGUGCGCGACGGCCAACUACACUCAUUUGAUCUAGAGGGUUUCUGGAUGGAUGUCGGACAGCCCAAGGAUUUCCUGACAGGCACUUGUCUCUAUCUUUCAUCGCUAGCUAAGAAGAACCCCAAGCUUCUGGUCUCGCCAUCUGAGAGCUACGUCCAUGGUGGUAAUGUGAUGGUUGACGAGACCGCCAGAAUCGGAAAGAAUUGCCGCAUCGGGCCGAAUGUCGUUAUUGGCAAGAAUUGUGUGAUUGGUGAUGGUGUUCGUCUUCAACGUUGCACACUUCUACCCGGCUCUAAAGUCAAGGACCACGCCUGGAUCAAGAGUACCAUCGUUGGUUGGAACAGCUCAGUUGGCAAGUGGGCGCGUCUAGAAAACGUUACAGUUUUAGGCGACGAUGUCACAAUUGGCGACGAGAUAUACGUCAACGGCGGAAGCAUUCUCCCCCACAAGAGUAUCAAGGCUAACGUCGACAUUCCCGCCAUCAUUAUGUAAUCGGCUUACCUUCCUUCGAUACCCUGGUUCUCACGAUUCACCUAUUCUCUAUUUCGCCUAUAUUCCGUGUAUAUUUGACUCAGCUUCACUUCCUCGUACGAUUUGAUAAUAUCUCGGUGAUUUCGAUUCUGUCUUCGCGGCAAAUCCCACCUCAAUUUUGUGUUCUUCGCGUCAUUUCGAGUAGGCGGGCGUUUUUAUAGGCCAGGGAUAAGGGAAAAAGUCGGUUCAAAAUAUCCGAUAUGAUAUGAGUCCAAAGUGGCACCAGUACGAGCAAGAAGGUUACGGAUUUUGCGACCACGUCAAGCAUAAUAAGUGUAUUGCGAUGGGAGAGUGUUCAUGACACUCAGGAUCGCAAGCUUGUUGGCUCAUUGUUGCGAUAAAUGCGACUUGUUUGGCCUCUGAUACUAUCUACAAUCCUACGAAGUGAAAGAUUUCAUUAUGGAAUGAUACAUGUGGCUACUAGAGGCAGAGACAGAUUUCCCCAAUGGUUCGGAGUGUGGCAUGAAUUAUAAGCAUGGCGCAUGAUAGAGGCACGUACAAGGGCUACACUGAUUGUUAUAUAAAAUUGCAUUUAGUAGAGUUUCGUGUGGUGUCACCAGCUCCCGAAAGUGGGUUAAUUAGAAAACCAAAAAUUAAGAAGUAAUAAUCCUA